GGCAUUGUACACAGUAGGUGCUCAGAUGAGUGUUGCUCCUCAUUUACUACAUCAUUUGUCCCCAAGGACUGCAGUGGUACCUGAUGGUUCUGAUUGGGGUCUCAGUGGCUUUCUUCCUGCUGCUCCUUCUCUUCCUCCUCCUCCUACAACAGCAGCAUCAGGGCAAAGGCAAGAGGUCAGCAUCACAGCGAGAGGCCAACUUCCAAAGUCCUGCAGGGGCAGUGGAGCCAGUGUCCAGGGACAGAGACCUGCAGAAGAGCUCCAGUCUAGCUUUGUCGAGGAAGAAAAUUUCUAUGCUGCUGUGAAGGACACACAGGCUGAGGAUGGAUUGGAACUGGACACUCAGGGACUACCUGAGGAAGACCUCCAGGGAGUGAUCUAUGCCCAGGUGAAGCACUCCAGACUCAGGAUGGGAGGUGCCACUCCUCCUUUCCCCCUGAAGGAUGUACAGGCUAGUAGCGACAAUCAGGUGAACAGUCAGGCUGCCAAAUCUCCAGGUCCCCAGGAUGUGACAUAUGCCCAGCUGUGCAGCAUUAAGCUCAGACAGGGGACAACUGCACUUACUUCUUCCCAGUCAGAGGAGCUCAGCUGAGACCAGUGAGCUCACGGCUCUGGUGUCCACCACUAAGGGAGACCCUGACCCCACACUCCAUGAAGGGUCCUCAGAGGACACAGGAUUCGUCCUGUGGACACUGACUACUGAGUCCAGCCACCAUGGGUACCUCACCUGCCAGCAGGAGGUGCUGGGAACCUGUGGGACUCAAAUGGUUCUGAUUCUGUAGUCAGAGAUAACUGAUAUCCUGAAAUUUUGGAAAUAAACCAGGGACCUUUCAAUAAAGAAUGUGUGAUAUGAGAAAACAAAAGUGUUGUGAGAGGAGGUUUGAAUAGGGUGAUCAUGUAACCAUGACACGUUAAUUAUGAAACUGGAAAAUCACAGCCAUUAAUAAAUAAAUGAGUAAAGAAAAAUCUUUCUAAACCAAUGACCUCAU